UUUGGCGGAGGGAGAGAGGGAGGGACCAGCCCGUCCAGCCGCCCGUUGCGCUUAAAUGUUCUUCCUCCUCGCACCGCGAAGGGUCAAAGUUUGCCAGCAACAAUAGACGGAAAAUAACGUCCCCGAAAAUUCAGGAUUAUCAAGUGGCCUUUUUGUUGUUGUUGUUGUUGACGAUGGCUCCGCUGUCGUGCUGCACGAUCGUCGGUCUACUUUGCUGCUGGACGCUUGUUCCUGUGCGGGCAGAAGGAAAUGAGCUACGCAGGCAGAAAAGAGAUUGGAUUCGUCAUCCCAGGCAGCUGAAGGAGAACCACGACUACUCCGGCAUAAACAUCGGCAGAAUUCGUUCCGAUAAAGAGAACUUUACGAGGAUACUGUAUUCGCUAAGGGGGCCUGGUGCUGACGAGACUCCCGUUCGCGUAUUCGGGGUGGAACCAUUAACUGGGUUUUUGAAGGCCUAUAAAGUUUUGGACCGCGAAGAGAUUGCCUUUUAUGAUUUAAAAGGAGUUGCAAAAUAUGAAGACGGGACUCGUGCCGAAAAGGACGUGGACAUCAGAAUUACUGUGGUGGAUGAAAAUGACAACACACCCAUAAUUAAAGCAGACCAAGUGGGAUCCGUCAGUGAAUCAUGCGCCGCAGGCACAGUCGUCAUGAGGGUGAACGCCACCGACGCCGAUCAAGAGGGCACCCUCUACUCCCAAAUCUAUUAUAAAAUCGUGGAGACCAGCAGCACUGCCGGCAUGUUCUUCAUCCACUCUCAGACCGGAGAGGUCUCGGUUCUGCGAAACACUCUGGACAGGGAGACAAAAGAUACAUACAAGGUGGUCGUCAGAGCUUCUGACUUGAAUGGACAAGCUGGAGGAAAUGUGGGAAUGGGAGAAAUUGAGAUCAAAAUCCUGGACAUAAAUGACAACAUACCCACUCUGGAAAAAGAAUCGUACGAGGGCAGCGUGGAGGAGAACACCAUCAACGUGGAAGUGCUGAGGAUUCAGGCCAUCGACUUGGACCUGAAAUACACCGACAACUGGCUGGCGGUCUUUCAAAUCGUCUCAGGGAACGAAGGAGGACACUUUAACAUCACCACGGAUGCUAAGACCAACCAGGGGAUUAUUAUGAUUCAGAAGGAGCUGGACUACGAGGAGAUCAAGUCACUCAACUUGGCGGUGGUCGUUUCCAACAAGGCCAAGUAUGAUUUCGGAAGCUCUUCGACCUCCACUUCCAUAAUCUCAAAGUCCUACUCGGUGAGGAUCAACGUGGUCAAUCAGAAGGAGGGUCCCCGUUUCCAGCCGUCGGUCAAAGUGGUGACUUUGUCUGAGGACCGCUCGUCUAUCUCCAUCAACACCGUCAUCGCCACUUACAGCGCCAUUGACAGCGACACGCGGCAGACUGCCACCAAUGUUCGGUACGUUAAAUACCGCGACAAUGACAACUGGUUGAUCAUUGACGAGAAAACCGCAGAAAUUAGGCUGAAUAAACUGCCGGAUCGAGAGUCCAAGUUUUUGAUCAAUGGAACGUACUACGCCCAAAUCAUAUGCAUUAGCAAAGAAGUGUCCUCAAAGACCGCUACGGGGACCAUCGCCAUUCAGGUGCAGGACUUCAACGAUCACUGUCCCAGAGUGACCACUACAAGUCACACCAUGUGCUACGGCGAAAAUGUCAUCUACGUCACGGCCGUAGACGAGGACAGAUUCCCCAAUUCAGCCCCGUUUGAGUUCACCAUGAGUUCCACGGGAAGCCAGGGGAAGUGGUCGGUGGAGCAUCUCAACGCGACGACGGCAAUCCUGCGAGAUCAAGAGCACUUGUGGCCGGGCAUGUACAAAGUGGCCGUUGAGAUCAAGGACCAGCAAGGAGAGUCGUGCGCCGACAUUCAGAUGCUCGACGUGGUCGUGUGCACGUGCGAGCCAAACACCAAAGGGUGUGGGGCCCGCAACGAAAGCCGUUCAUAUUUUGGCGUUGGUGCAAUUCUACUUUUGCUCUUGGGACUACUGCUGCUGCUCUUGGUGCCUUGUCUGCUGUUGUUCUGCCUGUGCGGAGGCACCGCAGGAGACUUCAAAAUCAUCCCAUUUGAGACCAAACAGCAGCUGAUCUCCUACCACACCGAGGGCCAAGGAGAAGAUAGGGAAGUCCCCCUCCUCCACACACCAGAUGGUGGACAGGUGAUUAUUUCCAAGGAGAUCAACACCUUAGGAGGAAAGGGAUACCUCGGGGGACUGGCUGAAGGGGGUGGAGCAAUUAUCUCUGGCAAUCAAAACUCCAUCCUAACAACAGACAAUGUGUACCUGUACAACAAGUACAACCGAUUUUCUGGCCAAGGACAGAUGAACGGCAUCAACGGCGGCGUGAUGACCGGACAAAGUCACUUCAACCAGUACAGAGGCGGGGCCUUUGACAACUUGGCGCUGUCUGAUCACUUCCUGGGGGAAUACUAUUCCAGUAAGUCCAACCAUGCUGCCCAGCAGUCCCAGGAGAAGGAUGCACUACUAGUCUAUGACUACGAGGGUGGGGAGUCUCUGUCGGGUUCUGUGGGCUGCUGCAGCCUCCACGAGAACGACAACGACCUUUCAUUCCUCGAUGACCUGGACCCUAAAUUUAAAACCUUAGCUGAGAUUUGCAGGGGGUCAGCUCAAGUGGAUGCGGGCAUAUGUAUCCAUCCAGCGGCCAGACCGGCGUCUCCUGUCAGGCCCUCCGUUCAGACGCACGUCCAGAGUCACACUGAAACCGUCAGAGACAGGGAUCGCAUCCAUGUGGACACCCUCAACACCUCCAAGGUAACAUCUGGAACGUCCACCUUUGUCCGAGAGGGAUCAUCCACACUGUCCAAGGUGCACGUCCAAGACAACGUCGUGAUUCCCAGUCAAACGCUGCUCGUGCAACAGCCCGCCUUGUACUACGCCACCACACCCAUGUAUGUCGUCGAGCCCCAGAACCAAAUGGUGCUUCUUGCGGGGGGCGCCCAGCAGGGAGUGAGUCAGGUUGGGCUGACGCGAGGCCAGGUUCAAGUCGGUCAGCAGGGAGUGGGUCAAGUUGGGCUGACGCAAGGCCUGGUUCACGUCGGUCAGCAGGGAGUGGGUCAGGUAGGGCUGACGCAAGGCCUGGUUCAAGUCGGUCAGCAGGGAGUGGGUCAGGUUGGGCUGACGCAAGGCCUGGUUCAAGUCGGUCAGCAGGGAGUGGGUCAGGUUGGGUUGAUGCAAGGCCUGGUUCAAGUCGGCGGCCUCCAAGGAUCUCAAGGCAUGGUGCUCGUGGAUGGGCAAGUGGCGCAAGGAACCUUACCACGACCAGUAGUAGUAGUGGAGAACGGCUCUACAGGUGGGGGGCACGGUGCAAAAGUUGCCCUUGUCCAGACCGGGCAGGGAUCUAGCAAGCAAGCAACCUUAUCUAGACAAGUAUUGGUGGUGGAGAAGGAGUCCUCAGGCGGGGGUGCACAAGUAGCCUUUGUCCAGACAGGUCGGGGAUCGAGUGAGCCAGGGUCAGACGUCAGGGGUCAAAGUGCGCAGGCUAAGAGUUUCUCACUGGCUUCUCAAGAUUCUACAGGUUCCAAGGAGGACUUUGUCCUGAAAGCCACACCCAAGUCGCAAGUCGGCCAGAGAGUGGUGGUGCAGCAGCGGAAGAAGGUGUCGGUUACAGAGAGGAAUAUAGAAUCUACGUCCAGAGCUUAAAGAAAAUAUUUGCUAUCGGCACGUCCACUGGAAAUACAUUACUGUACAAGCCACUGUAUAUGUCCUUGUCCUCCAUUACUGAUGAUUAGAAUGCUCCUUUGCAAAAACAACAACAGGGGGGAUAUCUUUGAUGCAGUUCUUACAUUCUGCCACUUUUUUAAAUCCUGCAAUUAAACCAGUGCAAUGAAUGCAGUACAUAUCGUUUUCUUUUGCACUUCUUUCUAGUUUUACAAAAGUGCUGUUCAAAGUUGUGUUUUGUGUGUGUGUGUGGGGGGGGGGGGGGGGGGAUUAAAUGAAUUGCUUUUCCUGAAGAUGUUAAAUAUUUCUCCCUCUGCUUUUCAUUGGCAGAUAUUUUAUACAAGUUCUAACUUUCUGAAUGUAAAUAGCAUAUAUUGCAUUAAAAACUGCUAAGUCUGUCGUAAUAAAAUUGAAUCGACAGUA